AUGCUGGCUGUCUGGGCCUGUAAGAUUGUUUCAGAUCGCUGGACGGAACCGACUGGCUCCACCGGCCUCGGGCCUGACGCCCAUCACUCCACUCGGUCCAUUGCGAAGCGGUCGCUUAUCCAGUUUGAAAAACUAGUUGAAGAAUCGUCAAUGGAUACUCUGCAGGGAAGAUGCGUAGUCACCGGCAUUGACCACGUCAUGAAAUUUCUGUACAGCGCGGAGGACGGACCAAGGAAUUCUGUGCUUCCGAAGACGGCGAGGCACGCAGCACGACCGAGCUAUCAGCUGCCGGGUCGCUCUGGACGCCACAAAUAUGGGUACCGCGCGGCAGGCACAGCCAAGUUUCGGCGAGCUCCUGAGCUCGCUGUGCUAUAA